AAUGUUUUCUGUGGAGAGGUUUCGAGGUUUCGUCAACGAGCGGCUAACUGCUGCAGCUGAGGAAAUAUGGGAAGUUUUUUCAACAGCUGUCGUCGAGUACGAGGCAGAGAUCAACCGUCAGCGCAGGAUGCUGGAUAUCGUUUGGAAACCUCACAUCCACUUACACAGAAUAGACGUCCCACAGCAACAUGUGUGUAAGGAGGAGGAGGUUGUGGCUGAGCAGCAGCUCUGCCUCCAGGAGAGGAAGUCUAGUCUGGACCAGGAGGAGCCAGAGCCUCCACAGAUUAAAGAGGAGCAGGAGGGAGAGCCUCUCAAUCAGGAGGAGACUGACAAGUUAAUGCUGACUCCUACUCAGGAGGAAAGUGAGCACAGAGAUGCAGAUGGACAACAUGAACUCCAGCUCCUUUCUCACAACUCUCAUGUUGCUGAGAAUCAAGAUCCCAAAGAGAACAAGCAGAAAGACUCAGAGAUAACUGAAACAUCAAAACCAAGACAAGAUAGAGACAGAAAACACACAGACGCCCCCCACAGCAACAUGUGUUUAAGGAGAGGAGUAGGAGGUUGUGGACUUAGGAGCAGCAGCUCUGCCACCAGAAGAGGAAGUCCAGUCUGGACCAGGAUAUAG